GAAUGAGAGAUUCAGAACACACGGGAGAUGUCAUGCGUGGCUCCCGACUGAAAUUUUCUUUUUGGAGAGGAGAAGCCUUUCUCCUCGACGCGCAUCCCUCUCUCCCGCUGCGUUGAAGAAGGCGGGGGAGGCGUGCGCACGCUCUAGUUGGCUAGCUACUCGGCACCUCGUUGCGAUAGGGGCUGCUCCGAGUUAGGGCUGCUCCGUUGGCGUUCGCUGCCCCUCCCCCUCUUCUUUUCUCCCCUCCCUUCCCCGCCCCCCACCGCCCCUCUCUUCUACCCAUCUGAAUUCCCUGGCUGGAGUACGCGUGCGCUGGGUCAGCUCCCUUCGAGCGCGAGCUUGGGCUCCUACCCUGCUCCUUUAACCCCGCCCGCUCUUUACCUACCGGCCGUAGCUGGCCCGGUGGGCUCGCGGGGAGACGCUCGCGCGCGCACGCGCACGCGCACACGACGCGGAGCGGAGCCGAGACGUCGAGGAGGGGAGUAAGAAGCAUCGGAAGAAGCGAUAGAGGAGGCGGCGGUGUGUUUGUGUGUGUGUAUGUCUCUGUUCUACGGUGUGACUCGUCGGGGGGCUGGAGGAGGUUUGAGAGAAGGCGAGGAAGAAGCAAAAAGUCAGUCUCUCUUCUUGAAAGCCUCUAGUCUGGUUGCUAUGGAAACAUAUGACCACAUAAACGCAAGUCUGUUCUGAUAAUUCUGAUACCUGAGAUGUAAUUGGACUGAGGAGUGGAACAGGAAAAAUUUUAGUGCCAACUUUAGUAACAAUGGCCACGGAUCCAGGGGAGCCAGCUAGCACUGAAGACUCUGAGAAACCUGAUGGAGUUUCCUUUGAAAACAGAGUUCCCCAGAUUGCUUCAACUUCGACAGUGGAUGUUAGAUUAAAGGGAAAAAAUGGCACCUUCACUGCUUCUGGGGAAAUGGUAGAAAGGAAGAGAUUUUUCCGAAAGAGCAUUGAGAUGACAGAAGAUGACAAAGUUGCGGAAUCUUCCUCCAAAGAUGAAAGAGUAAAGGCUGCAACAAAUAUUCCAAGAGUAGAUAAACUCCCUACAAGUAUAUUGAGAGGUGGACAAGAAAGUAAACAUGAGCGGUGUUCAAAGGCAACUUUGGAAACCUCAAAAGAUUGCUUCAAGGAGAAAAAUGAAAAGGAAAUGGAAGAAGAAGCAGAAAUGAAAGCUGUAGCGACUUCUCCUAGUGGCAGGUUCCUGAAAUUUGACAUAGAACUGGGAAGAGGAGCGUUUAAAACAGUAUAUAAAGGGCUGGACACUGAAACGUGGGUUGAGGUUGCUUGGUGUGAGCUGCAGGACCGAAAGUUAACCAAAGCUGAGCAGCAAAGGUUCAAGGAAGAAGCAGAGAUGUUGAAAGGUCUCCAGCAUCCCAAUAUAGUUCGAUUUUAUGAUUCUUGGGAGUCUAUCUUAAAAGGAAAAAAAUGCAUUGUAUUAGUGACUGAACUAAUGACGUCAGGAACCUUGAAGACGUACUUAAAACGAUUUAAAGUCAUGAAACCAAAGGUCUUAAGGAGCUGGUGCAGGCAAAUUUUAAAGGGAUUGCAGUUCCUGCACACUAGGACUCCUCCUAUUAUUCACCGAGAUCUGAAGUGUGACAAUAUUUUCAUCACAGGACCCACUGGAUCUGUGAAGAUUGGUGAUCUAGGACUGGCCACCUUAAUGCGCACGUCAUUUGCUAAGAGUGUCAUUGGAACUCCUGAGUUUAUGGCUCCAGAGAUGUAUGAAGAGCACUACGAUGAAUCCGUUGAUGUCUAUGCUUUUGGAAUGUGUAUGCUAGAAAUGGCUACUUCAGAGUACCCUUAUUCUGAGUGCCAGAAUGCAGCUCAAAUAUACCGUAAAGUAACCAGUGGCAUAAAACCAGCCAGCUUCAAUAAAGUCACUGAUCCUGAAGUAAAAGAAAUCAUUGAAGGAUGUAUUCGUCAAAAUAAAUCUGAAAGGUUGUCUAUCAGGGACCUACUAAACCACGCAUUUUUUGCUGAGGAUACAGGACUGAGAGUGGAGUUAGCAGAGGAAGAUGAUUGCUCAAAUUCAUCCCUGGCUUUGAGACUCUGGGUUGAAGAUCCUAAAAAAUUGAAAGGAAAACACAAAGACAAUGAAGCUAUUGAAUUCAGUUUCAAUUUAGAAACAGAUACACCUGAGGAAGUAGCAUAUGAAAUGGUCAAGUCUGGAUUCUUCCAUGAAAGUGAUUCCAAAGCUGUUGCUAAAUCCAUUAGAGACCGGGUGACCCUGAUAAAAAAGUCUAGAGAGAAGAAGCCUGCUGGUUGUUCGGAAGAACACAAAGAUUCACAGUGCAAGUCUGUGGGAACGGUAUUGACUCAGCAUCAAACUACAACUGUGCCCCCUGCCCCUGCGCAGUACACCAGGGUUGAAUGUGAAGAAACUGAAGUUGAUCAGCAUGUUAAGCAACAGCUUCUACAAAGAAAACCACAGCAGGAUUGUUUGUCUGUUAGAGGUGAUAAUUUGUCCGAAGCAGAAGCUGGAUCAGUUAUACAUUCAGAUACUUCAAGCCAGCCCAGUUUACCCUAUUCCUCAAACCAGAUGAUGAGCUCUCAAAUGACUUCCAACAUCCUGCAAGCCGACAUAAAUGUUCCAGGGCAAAUUUAUCCAUCCCAGCAACUAGUAGGACAUUGCCAGCAAAUUUCAGGGUUGCGUCCACAGCUGACUCAGCCCCAGAUUUUGCCUGUGGUUCAAGGUCAGUCCACUGUUUUGCCUGUACAUGUCCUUGGACCUACAGUUGUUUCACAGCCCCAAGUUUCCCCAUUAACUGUCCAGAAGGUCUCACAGAUAAAGGCUGUAUCCCAAUUGGCUGGAGCUGAACAACAAGCAGCUCUUCAAAAACCAGAUUUAGUUCGAAGCUUGAAUCAAGAUGUGGCAGCUAUGAAAGAAAACACCUAUAACCCUGAUAAUCCAAGUGGAAAUGGCAAACCGGAUCGGAUCAAACAGAGAAGAGCUUCCUGUCCCCGACCAGAGAAGGGGACUAAAUUUCAGCUUACUGUUCUUCAGGUGUCAACUUCUGGAGACAACAUGGUAGAAUGUCAACUGGAGACUCACAACAACAAGAUGGUUACCUUCAAAUUUGAUGUUGAUGGUGACGCACCAGAGGAUAUUGCAGACUAUAUGGUUGAAGAUAAUUUUGUGUUGGAAAAUGAGAAGGAAAAAUUUGUGGAAGACUUGAGGGCUAUUGUAGGUCAAGCCCAAGAGAUUCUUCAUGUCCAUUCUGCUGCAGAAAAAUCCGUGGGAGUUGACUCUGUUACCUUGGAAUCCAACAGUAACCAAACAGGAUCAUCUGAACAAGUACAGAUAAAUUCUGCAUCCACUCAACCCAGCAAUGAAUCUGCUCCUCAGUCAUCCCCAGUUGGUCGCUGGAGAUUUUGUAUCAAUCAAACAAUAAGAAACCGGGAAGCUCAGUCUCCCCCUCUUCAGCCUUCGAUGGCUACAGUUCCAGAGCUACAGCCAUUUCCUUGCUCAAGGAACACAAAUAAUAAGGAAAUAUCACAGGAUACAUUGCUCACUAUAGAAAAUAAUCCAUGCCAGCGUGCACUUUUCACCUCCAAAGCAGAACAUAAGGAUUUAGUUGAUGGUAAGAUCUCUGAACGUGCUAGUGUAGAAACCAAGCAGCCAGCUAUACUUUAUCCAAUGGAAGAUGACAGGCAGAUAAUGGCACCAAGUACUGGUAAUUCUACUUAUUCUGCUACUUCGGUUUGUACAGUUCCAGUCAAAUGUGAUGGACUCACCAGCCAAACAGGUAUGUUCAUGCCUGUGUAUCCAUGUCAUCAAGCUUCUAGUCAGACUAAUGUGUUCAUGGCCCAUUCUGGCGAAUCAACUCAGACUACUGAUGACCCCGUUACGACAUCAGCACUUGUGUCUGAUCAAAAGCCUCAAUCCUUAUUAGUACAGCAGCCAACUACUGAUGCAGAGUUUAUUUCCCAAGAAGGAGAAACAGCAGUGAAUACUGAAGCAAGUUCUCCUAAGGCAGUCAUUCCCACUCAGACCCCUGGCCUUGAAGCAACUACCCUUCUGCCCAUUACUAUCUUGGAAUCAGAUGGGGAAAGACCUCCAAAAAUGGAGUUUGCAGACAACCGAAUUAAAACUCUGGACAAAAAAUUAAGAAACCUGCUCUAUCAGGAGCACAACACCUCUAGCAUCUAUUCUGAGAGUCAGAAGGAUACCCAAAGCAUAGAAUCUCCAUUUUCUUCUUCUGCUGAAGACACACUUUCCUGUACAGUGCCAGAAGUCAUAGCCAUCAGUCACUGUGGAAUCCAAGAUAGCCCUGCACAAUCUCCUAAUUUCCAACAGGCAGCCUCUAAUAUUCUGUCCAGUGUGGCUGCGAGUCAGCCUGCUGGCAUAUCAGUGUUCAAAAGCGACUUGAAUGUGAUAACUUCUGUAUCCAGCGAAUUAUGUUUACAUGAGAUGUCUCCAGAUGCUUCACUUCAAGGGGAUCCAGAGGCCCAUCCUGCUGCUGUGUCAAGUGGUGGAGCCAUUCAUCUGCAGACAGGAGUGGAAACAGAAGAUACAAGAUCAGCAAUUGCUCCUGAUCCCAUUCCUCUGACACGGGAGUCCACAGCUGAUACCAGGGCUUUGAGUAGAUGUAAAGCAAUGAGUGGAUCAUUUCAGCGGGGCCGGUUCCAGGUGAUCACAGUUCCUCAGCAACAGUCAGUGAAAACAACAUCUUCUGGAAUAGAACACAGACCAGUAUUCAAGGAAAAGCAGUCUAGUGAAGAAGCACUAGCCAUUACUGCAGCUGCAAAGUCUCAGUUGGUAGAAGUGGAAACUACCACGCACAAUCUUCAAACUUCCAUUUCUUUUCAGAAGUUACAACCUCUUCACAAAACUUUUAAAGAAAAUGAAGGAAUUCCCAAACAAAUUGACAGCUUCUUACCUUUAAGCACAGCUUGUGAGACUGUUAUCUCUUCAGUGACACCAGAGAAAGAACUGGAAGAAAUUUCAGUCAUGGGAAGUAGUAUGCAGUCUGAAUCCAAAGUGUUGCUUAAAGAAAAAGAGAUACUAACUGAUGGGAAACAGCUUAGUUCUAACAGUAAAUUUUUAGCCAACCUGACUGGUAACGAAAAUGCAGUGGAAAAAACUGGUCCAGAGAGUAAUCAGAGCUUACCACUUCAUGAACAACAAGCAUAUGCUCAAACGCAGAGUUCACUCUUCUAUUCUCCAUCCUCACCAAUGAGCAGUGAUGAUGAGUCAGAAAUAGAGGAUGAAGACUUGAAAGUGGAGCUUCAAAGAUUAAGAGAAAAGCACAUUCAGGAGGUGGUAAAUCUUCAAACCCAGCAGAAUAAAGAGCUGCAGGAGCUCUAUGAACGCCUUCGGUCAAUUAAAGAUACCAAAGCCGAAUCUUCAGAGAUUCCUUUGCCACCUGCAUCUCCACGUCGACCAAGAUCUUUCAAAAGUAAACUUCGUAGCCGCCCCCAGUCAUUGACACAUGCAGACAGUGGCACAGUUGCAACAGAUCCACUGAGUGUGGAAAGUAACACAACAUCAUGCCAGCGAUCUCCAGCCAGUAAGAAGGGGAUGUUCACUGAUGAUUUACACAAGCUGGUGGAUGACUGGACAAAGGAAACAGUAGGAAGCUCUCUUACUAAACCAAGUUUAAACCAACUUAAACAAAGUCAACAAAAAUUGGAGAUGGAAAAUUGGAACAAGGUAUAUGAAAAUACUCCAUCUACUAUGGGCUACACACCAACAUGGAUUCCUUCUCUGUCCCAAAUCCGUGGAGCUGUCCCAACUUCCUUGCCACAAGGACUCCCACUCCCUUCAUUUCCUGGGCCCUUAUCAUCAUAUGGAAUGCCCCAUGUUUGUCAGUAUAAUGCCGUGGGGGGCACAGGGUAUCCAGUACAGUGGGUAGGAAUUUCUGGAACAACACAGCAGUCUGUAGUAAUUCCUGCCCAACCUGGGGGACCAUUCCAGCAAGGGUUGACUUUGCAGGCAUUUCCAGCUCCAGUGCAGAAUCCAGCGACAAUUCCUCCUGGUCCCAAAUAAAUCAGAGUAGAUGAUGAAGAAAAAGGAAGAUUUUUUUUCACAAUUAUUUUAACAACCUCUGAGAUCUGAAAGUUCCUUCUUCUUGAGUUCUACAUUUUUCCCUCAUUUGAAUUUACUUUCAACUAUUUUGUUGUUGUUGUUCCAAUGUGGUACUUUAUAUAGCUCAUCAUUCUGUAGAAAUGUGCGGUUUGCACAUGGAACACUGCACACCAAGAUGUUUUUUCACUUCAAAUCCUAUCCUCUUUGAUACUUGAUUUUUUAAAAAUACUGUUCAGAAUGCUUUAAGAAGCUCGGCUUGAGCAUUACCAUUUCCAGGAUACUUUCCAUGCACUGCUGAGAAGCCCCCAUGUUUAACUGUUGCUAUCUGCAGCUGGAUGAUACUUUUCUUUAAAAUAUGUAAAAAUUACUUAGAUUUCUCCCCAAACAAGGAUGAAGUGAGACCUUCUAAUAGCUGGGGUCUUGUGGGAUUCUUCACAUGAUUAUUUUCAGUUUACCUUUCACAGCAGGCAGAGUAAUUUACUACAGGAAAUGUUUUUGGUGUAUAAAAUUAGAAUAACUUUGUCAGCCAAUACAUGAGCCCUUUUUAAUGUGAUUUUCUUCCUGUCAUCACAGCAGAAAGAGUGAAGCCUUGUUUUGAGUGAGGCAGAGGGAAAGAAAAAAACAGAACUGUAACAGUUCCUUGAUUCUACAGAUAGAAUAGCUUGCUUUAGGAUUUUGGUAAUGAUUCAAAGCAGCUAUAUCUUGUUUCUCAUGUGCAUAUUACAUUGGGUUUGAGCAUCUGAGAGGUGGUGUUUAGCUUGCAUUCUUUUUCCAGGGAUAUACUGCAGCUAGUAUGAAUCUCUUUUGGGAAGAAUCCUUAUAUUCCUAACAAAGGGGAUUCAAGUUACACCUCUGUUGAUCCGUUUUUCUGCAGUGAAAUGUACUUGACACAGUAGGUUUUGUAAGGUUUUGAGAUUGACACAUGAAACACUGGCUUUACAGGGUUCUAAGAGAUGUGGGGUAUAUACCCCUGCAGUGAGAUAGUGGAACCUAGAAAGAUACUAUUUAAGUUGCCCGUAGAUUUUUUUGGAUAACCAUUUUUUUUAUAAUUUCUUAGUAGUUUAUAGUAUCUUAGGUGAUUUUAGAUUGUAGGUUGAGUUUGGCAGCCUCUUUAGAAUCAAGAGAGAUCACUGUCAAGUUGCACUUUACUGGGUUUUAUCCAGUUUUAGGAGGAAAGGAGGCAAUGUCAAAAUGUACACCUUUGGUUUUCUAGAAGGUUAACUGAAUAUUCUUAAAGGCUGGUCACAAGGUUACCUAGUUCUUAGUCUGUGAAACCCAAAUAGAAUUCUUAAAUGGUAUUUAUCGGCUACCACAUACAUACACAUGUUCAAACUACUUACCCUCCAACUCUGAAGAUUUCAAGGUCUUUUCUAGAACAUGUUUACGUAAUUGGGACUUCUGUCUUCUAGUAAAUAUUCUGAAUUGUUGCUCAACAUUGCUAACAGAUUUUCCUCCAUAUUCCUCUAAAACUUAUACCCCAUGGGCUGGCCAGGUAAUGAGGAAAACGUAAUGGGUGUACUUCUUUUUGUUUUGCACAGUCUACUUUGUGACAUUCAGUGGGCAGCAUUUUGACAGUCACUGUUGAUAAGAGGCAGGGUUUUUUUUCAUAAAAUAUCCUUUAUUUUGGAUGAGUCUUCCCAAAUCUUACAUAUGGAUUCUUUAAGUUUCUUCUACAGUUUUGAUUUACAAGUUAAAGUGAUUUUAGGACAUUAGUGUAAUGCACAUCCUUACAUUGUGGUGUUUUCAUGUGCACAAAAAUGCUCCUAAAACCUGUAAUUCUUUAAAUUUAUGUCGCACUAUAAGAGUUGGCUUUAUGUAACUACAUUGAGACAUACAUCCUAUAAAGUUAAAAACACUACAGGUUUUAAACAGUGUACCCCAGGAUGAAAAAACUCCAUGGAUGACAUGUACAAUUACAUUUAAUAAUGGCUGCUCUACAUCAUAUGUUCUGAAUUUUGUCACCACUUGUUUACAUAUAAUUCCUCAUUCUUGUUUGCCUGCAGACUUUUGCAGUGCCUUGUAAUACUGAAAAUCUUUUCAGGUUUUUGCUGGAAAGAAAAGUAGUCUUCUAAGGUUUGAAGAUGGUGAAUAGUGUACUGCUGUCUCCAUGCUGACAGCAGUAGCUGGGUUAGCAUAUAUGUUAUAUGUACAUUAUGUAUAUAUAACGUGUAUACCUUUAAAAAUACAGAAAAAAGUAAGUUUGUGCAGAAAUGAAGAAAAUCAAGUUAUUCACAUUGCUGUGGGGGGGGUAUUUACUUUUUUCCAUUACUUAAAUAUUUGAUUCAGAUUUGACCUGAGUAUCGGCUAGUUUUCUACCUAGGGGUUUUGCAUUAUUUUAUACUUUUCCUACGUCAUAUAAUAGUGCUGUUUUCAUCCUUGCCUUAGGUAUUUUUCCUCCCCAGAAAUAAAUAACUCUUGAGGUAAAGCUCAAAAAUUCCCUUCUUACUUAACAAAGCCUACUAUGUAAAAGGGCCUUCUACUCAUUUCCAAAAACACACAAAACUAUCCUUUUAAUUUUCUUGUAGGAGAGAAAAAGGUUGUGCUUAACCAUUUUGCUUGUAAAAUUUAUUUGGGGAAUACUCUGUAUGUCCAGCCACCAUGUUUACUUCUCAAAGUGCAAGUCUGAUGAAUAGUACUGUAUCUCCACAAGUGGCAAUGUGUACAUUGCAUCAUGAAGUACCUGCUGCUAUGUCUGUGAAGUUGGGUGUAACAUCAUAAAAAUAUAAAACCAGUGUUGGUGUAAGUCUAAUGAAAAUAACCAUAUGUAUUUUUUUUCUGUUUUUCAUCCCUUCCUUGCGAGUUUUAUAUCAAGCAUGAGUUCUUAUGGUUUGACAGCAAAUUUAUCUGUGAAAGUUGAAAAGGCACUUUUCUGCUGUGACUUUUGGAUUGAGUGUAGAUUGUCAUCUUAGAACUCCAGAUUAAUUCCAGUCCAGUUACUUUUGUUUAUCUACCUCAUUUUCAGUGCUGUUUUGGAUGCACAAGUAAACACUGCCUGUGAAACUUGCUUUUUUGCCUUGAUUCUCAGUAUUCCUUCAGAUUAUAAAUCUGGCUUUCCUCUUUGUCCCAGCACUAACCAUUAGCUUGAGUUCAGAGGGACAUCACUUUGCCAUCAAUCUAUGUUUAAGUGAGGAGAGCUAGGUGCCUAUGUAAAGUGUGUUUAGGAUAUUUGGGAAUGGCAAGCACAGAAAUAAAUCUAACUGGUUGCAAUAUAGGGCUUAGUUGUAGGAAUUAGUUAUAAAGUAAACAGAUGGUUAAAGUGUACCUAAAUUAGACAGUCCAGUGCCUGUAACUUUGCAUUUUCUUUUUACUAGAGAUGCAUUUCUCAUCUCUGUGCCUAAAGGGCUAUGGUUUGAAAUUGCUUUAACUACUACAGUGAAAUAUUUGACAAAUACUACAGCAAUGACCUGUCAUUCAACAUACUAGCAUACUGCUAGGUAUUUUCAGUGGUAUUUUGCUACCUUAAAAUGGCUGAAUGCAUUUAAGUUGAGUUGUACUUGGUGGUGAGGGUUUUAUAUAAUUGUUUAUCUAAUCUCUAAAAUUUAUAGAGGCGUUAACUUUCUUCUUUGCUGUAUUCUUCAAGCAGUGAAAAUGCAUCCCCCCUGAAAACUCAGCAAAUGUUUGUAACCAGAUGUUCCUUGUUUCACAUGUUUACUGUGUAACACUAUAGCAUAUUUAAUAUUAGUGAAACUGUGUUUCAGUUAUAAUGCAUAAGUACAUUCCUGAGGUGUAUUUGCCACCAGUUGGGGAUUCAGUUACUUCAUACUUCCAUUUGGUUCAGAAAAAUAUUGAUCCAUUUGAGGUGUUAUGUGGGCCAUUUUUCUGGAAUAGAGUGUUUUUUGAAUCUGUAGCUUAUUGUGGGCUCCCUUUGUUUAGAAGAUCACCUAGAAAAGGAGAGUGUGUAGAAAAGGCCAUUUAUUUGGUAAAUGUAAUUUCUAGGCUUAAAGUUUUUAACUCCAUAUUAUAAAAUGUAAACAUUCAAACCUGCUAAAAAUCUUCUAAAGUGAAAUUAGUAUGGAAUUUGUAUGGAGCCAAGUGCUUUUAGGUCACGUUGGAAAUAAUCUUUUUAUAUGAAGGAUGAACACAAACAUUGGUCAGAGACCGUCAGAGACCUUGACAGCCAACUUAGGAAGGGGCCUGAGGCAGUAACUAGGUUACACUAAAGUUAUUUUUAACUGAGAUAGGUGGAAGAGUGUACAAAUGAACAACUCCAAUUCUAGAAGGUUUUCUUUUAAUUAAAAAAAAAAAAAACUGAAGGGCUAAAAGUCAAGAAAAAAGGGAAGAAAGAAACUGGGCUAUGAGACAAAAAAAUGUGCUAGUGUGAAAUAAAUUCCUAACUGUCUGCUUAUCAUCCUUCUAGUUUUUUUUUUUAAUUGCAUUUCUUUAGCAAUAUAAGUUAAGAUUUGAGAUUAAGAUUCUUGGUCCAGGACAUACCCUCAGCAGAUAUAAUACAGUUGUUCCAGGUCUUUCAUGCUCAAUCACUUAAAGCUAUAAUUUGUUUGAUAUGAAUAUUAAGCAUGUAGACCUAGUGCAGCAUGGGAGCCACUCAGGAAGUUUAUGCAAUUGAUAAACUUUCAUGCAUAAUUUACUAUGAAGUAUGCAGAAUUUCAGCCACUUUUCUACACUUAACAUUUAGUUGUAUACGUGAACUCUCCUUUCUUAAUUGGGGAAUGUAGCAUUAUAUAGAAUGUUGUUAAACUUAAUUUUAAUCCUUUUUGACAUUAACUUGGGGCGGGGGGGUAAACCAAGCGAUCUGCCUUUCAGAAAUAGUCUGAUUUUGGUUCUCUGAAACUGUGAUUUUUAUUUCAUUUGUACCCAACCAUUGUUAAGUAUUUUGUUUUGUUUCCUGAAACUUUUGUUUUGAAACAGAAAAUAAAGGCUGUGUUAAAUGACUAUGUUAUCUUAUUAAAAUGCUGUUAUAAUCACUGCAAUAACCUGGUUUAAAAUGGUUCCUUAUUUACCAAAUAUAAUUUAGCAGUUUUAGGAAAUUUAGUCUUACAGAUUAUGUUGACCUAAAAAAAAUAACCUGACCAAGUCCCAUGUUAUUUUUUGAUUCACAGUUCCUACAGAUUUCCUGUUAGGCCUCUUCUCCGCACUCUCAAAGAAGCCAUAAUUGUAACCUACUGUCUUAACUAGGCUUUGAACGGUGAUAGUUUUAACUCACACAGUCUUGUAAGAUAGGUCUGUUACUAACUGUACUUUACAGAACAAAGUUGAGGAUCAGUGAAAUUAGAGCUUACUAGUGUCACAUAAUCAUAAAUGGUGAUUCCCAAGUACAACCUAGCUCCAAACCGAAGUCUGAAUUUGCAACUCAUGGGAAAAACUCAGGCCAUACUGACUCUCCAGCAUGCUGUACACAUAAUACUGUAAUUUAAAUACAUUUAGAAUAAUUUU